AUGUCGCGGAAACUCGUUAUCGUGGGUGACGGCAUGGUCGGGAAGACGGCGCUGCUGCAGGCCUUCGUCCACGGCAGCUUCCACGACAGUUACAUUCCGACGGUGUUCGAGACAACCGCAAUGGACGUCGAGUUGGCCGGUGGCAGAACCGUGACACUGGGCUUGUGGGACACCGGUGGCCAGGAGGAGUUCGAUCAGAUUCGUCAACUGGCCUACCCAGGCGCCCGAGUUAUCCUCCUCUGCUACGCUAUCGACUCGGAGACCAGUCUCCAGAACAUCAUCCACACGUGGAGCCUUGAGGUGCGCAAAUUCUGUCCCAAUGUCCCACUCAUCUUGGUUGGAUGCAAGUCGGAUUUGAGGUCGCGUCUGAGCCCUAGGGCUCAGGUGGACCCGCGGUUCGCCGUCGAGGUGCAGAAGAGUGUUGGCGCGUUGAUGCACAUUGAGUGCUCAGCAAAGACCCAGUCGAAUGUGAUCACCGUGUUCCACGCUGCCGCCAACGCAACAACCCUCGACGACAAUCCGACGCCCCUGGGCACCAAGAAAUCCAACAGAGAACCACGGAGACAUCAGUUCUGUGCUCUACUCUAA